GAGAGGUUCUGAAAGAAAUAAUCUAGAUGAGGAUGUAGUUCGUAGUUUACAAGAGAUGCUCGAUCAUUACAAUGUGUUGGUCAAGUCGUUUAGAAUAGCUCGGGAGACGGUGAACCAGCACCAGCAAAUCGAAGUUAAGAUGCGUCUUAUCGGUAGAAGGAACAAGGAUGGUCGACGUUAUAAUUUACCCUCGACUUCGGAAGUUGCCGCCUUAGUUGUUGGCGAUUUCGAUGGUGCUAUGGGGAGCAGGGAUAUUAUAGUAGAAAAUCAGAGCGGACGUUUGCAGCGGAUCAACGAGUUGAACGCUUCCUACUUGGCUCUCCAUUAUCCUGUUCUUUUUCCAUACGGCGGGGAUGGUUACAGGGAGGACAUUUCAUUCUCCCCCCUAAAACCAAUUACGAAGAGGUCGAGGAAAUUUAUCAGUCCGAACGAGUUCUUCAAAUAUCAGAUGCACGAUCGGGAUGCCGAAUUGUCGUCAAUUCUUUCGGCUCGGAGGUUGUAUCAGCAGUUUAUUGUGGACGCUUAUACAAUGGUGGAGGGAUCUAGGCUCAAAUACAUCCGUUUUAAUCAGGGAAACUUGAGAACUGAGUUGCAUAGCCGACUUUCAGACGCUGUGUUGCGCGGUGACACUAAUCCUGCUUCUCAGGGCAAACGGAUUAUACUUCCGUCAUCCUUUACGGGAGGCCCGAGAUAUAUGAUUCAGAACUAUCAGGAUGCAAUGGCAAUUUGUCGUUGGACCGGUUAUCCUGACAUUUUCAUAACCUUCACUUGCAAUCCGAAGUGGCCCGAAAUCAGUCGUUUUCUUGCUGAGAGGAACCUCAACCCAGAGGAUCGUACUGAUAUCAUUUGUCGGGUUUUUAAGGCUAAGUUGGAUGCAUUGAUGAGGGAUGUUCGACAUAACAAGAUGUUUGGAGAUGUAAAAGCAG